UUACGUUCUUGGUUGCUUGACUGCCAGGUAUAAGAGCGCUGGAAGAGCGAUCAAACCAUUACAUAGGUACCUAGUACCUUCUCUCGAAGCCGUCACGUCAUGUCGAGGUUUCAUCUGGUGAAUUCACUGACGACGUGCCUCUGCCCUUCAUCUGAUGCUUAUGUUACCCCGCGUUGCCAAUUCUAUUCACGGAGAAGUGCAGUGAGCAACCUUGCAUGCCUAACAUUAGUUCCCACGUACCAGAUAGCUGCUAGGAGACAAACCUGGCCCCGUUCAACAGAUAGAAACGGGCAACGUCUGUCGCGUACCUUUGGCGGCCACGGACCAGACAACAGCCUGCCUAUAUCCGUAUGUUUGCCACUGCUGGCGUCACAGACCCUUGUUGAGACCACCCUAUUUCAGGACUGGAAAAGGGGGAAGCAUAUUCACUCGGCGGUUAUUAUCACCGAGCCCCACAAAGUUGCUAAAUUACAAAUUCCGAUAAUCAGGGCCGGCCAUUCUCCACAAGAUUCCGCUUGCUUUGGAGCCUCAUUUAAUCAUUCAUCCGAAGAUGCGAGUAUUGUGUUCAGGCAAGAUGGCAAAGCGCUCGGAGAACUCGGCAUGGGAAGAAAUAAAACUUCACAGGCAAUUGCCAAUCAGCGUUGAGAAGCGACCGGUUUAGCUACGGAGGAUUGCCGGGUCGGCUCGGUCGGUCUCGUGAUAUCGGCGUUCCAUUUCCAUGUCAUUAGGCAUUAUUGAUGUCGUGUGGAAUGUCGCCUCUAUGUUCCUUUGCGUGCAUUCCGUCUCUAGUAGGGCUAAGGUAGUACAGCGUUUAAAAAUAUUUGCACAACGCCAACGUGAGGUUGAGAGUGAAUGGGCAAG